AUGCAACCCAUCUCCACCAUCGUCCUGGCCCUCGCUGCCAUCAUCAGCAGCGCCCUCCUCCCCACUGGUAUGGCUGCCCCUGCGCCCUACAUCGGUGGGCUUAUACUCGGCCAUGAGGAAGCUCCUGCCUCCAUGCAGGCUAGACAGUGCCUUCCUGUUGGCUCAGGGGGAGGAAUGGAAGACGACGAGGGAGAGGGAUAUCGGGAGCGAGGGCUCGAGGCGGAGGACUGCAUGAUGGUGGUGUCCAGACAGUCCCUUCACGGGGCUGCGAACGAAGGGUUUGAUGCCGAGAGUCGACAAGUUAGCGGGCUAGAUGUGGUGGUGCCAAUGGAUGAGAGAAGAAGCCCUGCACCUGUGUGGGCCGGCACUGAACGAACGAUCUCGGGACAGAUGGUUUGGUGUAUGACAGUGCAAUCAUUGGCUGAUGACCUUGCUACAUCCACAGCUGUGUACUGCAGUAGACAUUUUGACGAGUGUAGACAAGUCUUUUCUAAUUUAUUUUCCCCAUUUGCUACAAUUCUUUGA